AGAAAAAUAAAUCCACAAUUUUUUGUCGCUUAAAAACACAAUUGUGUAAUCGAUGCCGGGACUAGGAUCGCUGGUGAAGAACCAGCGUCUGUUAAACGCAGUGGUCCAGAGGUUUCAGAGAUGCAUGACCACCACAACAGCCGUCAUGAGCUUCGGCGACGGCAACCACGGCGCUCUGGGUUUGCCCACUUCCUUAAUGGGCCUCGGUGUCGACGCCUACGAACCCACCCGUGUCCCUUUUCUGCCUUCCGACAUCACCAGCGUCACCGCCGGGCAUUAUCACUCCCUCGCCGUCACUUCCGACGGUCAGCUUUGGGCUUGGGGACGUGACCUCGAGGCCCAGCUCGGCCGUGGCGGUUCUUCCCCGAGAGAUUUGUGGAAUGAGCCAAGGCGAGUACCAGGGUUGGAUCGAGUGAAUGUUUAUUCUGCAUUUGCAUCUGGUGUCCUUUCUGCGGCUAUUGGAGAUGAUGGUUCUUUGUGGGUUUGGGGGAAGUCAAAGCGUGGGCAGCUUGGUCUGGGAGAGCAAGUCAUGGAGGCUGUGGUGCCUUCCCGAGUUGAAGCACUUUCUGGAGAGAAAAUAACCCUUAUGCUUAAGAUAGGAAUACUGAAUGAUACGCAAUGAUACAAUCUUUCCGAUUGGCUAGAAAUGGAAUUAAAAUGCAUGAACUUUGUCUAGGAUAUUUGAAUGUUGUUUACUUCACAAGAUGGAAGUUGUUGGAGCACAAAUGUUCUGUGGCAGGUUGCACUUGGUUGGGGGCAUGCUGUUGCAUUGACUGAGGAUGGAAAGUUGUUUGGUUGGGGUUAUUUUGCUGAUGGUAGGUUAGGAAGCAUUAAAGAAUUUUCGAAGACAUCUCAACUAGAAUCUACUUCGAGUAAUCAAGAACUGUCCAGUUCAUCUUUUGAAGCUGCUGAGAAGUUGGUUUUAGAUGGAAUGGCCGAGGAAAAUAGCAUGCCAAUAGUUUGGGAACCCAGUUUAGUGAGGGAACUACAUUGUACUAAAGUAAUAGACAUUGCAUGUGGUCUUGAACUCUUGAUCAUCCAUUAAUUCUUUGUGGUGAUGGGACACUACUGAGCUGUGGGAGCAACGUAUAUGGUCAUUUGGGAAGAGAAAAACAGGAUUUAGGAUUGCUUCCUGUUGAUAUAAGCUUCUGUCCAAUGUCUAUAGCAGCCGGGCUUGGCCAUUCAUUGGCAAUUUGCCAGGUUCCAUCGUCAGAUGUUAUAGGAGGAGCAGCUGGAAUUGAUACAUGGGGCUGGAACCAGACCUCUCAGCUCGGUAGGGGUGGACCAGAAAAUAUUCCAUUGGGAGUUGAAGGAUUGGAAGGGGAAACUCCCGUAUCAGUAUCAGGAGGUCGCGUGCAUUCCAUUGCUCUCACGUCUAAGAGAGAAGUUUGGGUUUGGGGUUCUGGUAAGAAUGGAAGGCUUGGGUUAGGAAGCUCGUAUGACGAACCUGAACCAAUUUUGCUGGACUCUGUAGAGGAUUGUAUCAGGAUUUGAUCAUAAUUUGGUCUUAAUUGCCGAAUGACAUGAAAUAUCUAAAUGAUUUUGUAUCAUCACUUUUGUGCUUCACUCAGCUUCAUGUUCACUUUGAUGAGAUUCUAUAUUGCUGCAAGUUAUCCUGAAGUAUCAGUCCUCAUUUCCUCCAGAAUAUGAACACCAGCCAACAAAAGAAACAAAAAUAAUGGUGCUGCAAGUUAUCCUGAAGUAUCAAUCCUCAUUAUAAAUGAUUUUUAGGAUUGAAGAGGGAAUGGUUCCAACUGCAAUGGACAAUGCAUUGUCCAGCCAUCUUCAUUUCCUUUGUUAUGGUGGAAUGUCAAUGUAUAAUAACUUUGUCUGAUCGCGUGGUCGUUCGUUUGAGAUUGAGAUGACAGAAACAAAAUAGAAUCGUAUAUUAUGGAUUCAAAGUGAAAAAUCUCUAGAAUGUUGACUUUCACUUGGUACAAGAGAAAUAUAUGGAAGAAGAAGAUUUUACACAGUAGGCUUGGUGUAUUUGUUACAUUACAAU